AUGAUUGAAUUACCUACUGAGGUCACUGAAACGUUACUUCAGAUCUUACAAGGGUUUGCCUCUUCGGACAAUGCUAUCCGUUCUGCCGCUGAAAGAAGUUUGAAUAAUGAUUGGAUUACACCAGAAAAGAUUCAAGUUUUAUUAAUAUUUUUGGCUAUCCAAGCUUCCUUCUCCCCAGAUAUUACAGUUGCUGCUUUAUCUGCUGUUUUGUUUAGAAAAUUAGCCCUUAGAGCACCUCCAGAAUCAACUACAGUUAUAAUCGCUAAAAAUAUUACUAAUAUCGACAAACAAACUUUAACAGCUAUCAGAGAAACAUUGCUAGCAGGGUUUCUCUCUGAGAGACCACGUGACAUUAGACACAAAUUAGCUGAUGCUAUCGCAGAAUGCGCUCAAGAAAAUAUGGAUGAUUGGCCCGAAUUAAUUCAUGCUAUUAUGGAAUGCUUACAAAGAGAUGGUUCUAUGUCUAAUUACAAAGAAUCCAGUUUCAGAAUUUUAACGUCUGUUCCUCACUUAGUCAACACAAUAGAUAUCAAUACAAUUUUACCAAUUUUCGAAAGUGGAUUCACAGAUCCAAAUGAUGAAGUUAAGAUUUCCGCUGUUACAGCUUUUGUUGGUUACUUUAAACAAUUACCUAAGGCCACUUGGUCCAAAUUUGGUGUUUUAUUACCAAGUCUGUUGAGUAGUCUACCAAAAUUUCUUGAUGAUAAUAAAGAUGAGGCUUUAGCUUCAGUAUUUGAGUCAUUGAUUGAAUUGGUUGAAUUAGCACCAAGAUUAUUUAAAGAUAUGUUUGACCAAAUUAUCCAGUUUUGUGCAAUUGUGAUCAAAAAUAAAGAUCUUGAGAAUAUGCCAAGAACUAGUGCGUUGGAAUUAUUGACUGUUUUUAGUGAAAAUGCUCCACAUAUGUGCAAAUCUAAUCCAAACUAUGCCGAUACUAUUGUUAUGUGUACAUUAUUAAUGAUGACCGAAGUGUCAUUUGAUGAUGACGAAGCUCUUGAAUGGAAAGAAUCUGAUGACACAGAUGACGAAGAUGAAGUUACAUAUGAUCACGCUAGACAAGCGUUAGAUCGUGUUUCUCUAAGAUUAAACGGCCAAUACUUAGCUCCAACUCUUUUUACAUAUUUACAACAAAUGAUUGCUUCUUCUGAUUGGAGAGCAAGAUUUGCUGCUAUGAUGGCUUUAUCAUCCGCUGCCGAAGGUUGUCAAGAUGUAUUAAUCGGUGAAAUCCCUAAGAUUCUUGAUAUGGUAGCCCCUCUUAUAUCUGAUCCACAUCCAAGAGUUCAGUAUGGUUGCUGUAAUGUAUUAGGUCAAAUAUCUACCGACUUUGCUCCAUUAAUUCAAAGAACUGCACAUGAUAGAAUUGUCCCUGCUUUAAUAUCUAAGUUAACUCCAGACUCUUGUGAACGUGUUCAGACUCAUGCAGCAGCUGCUUUGGUAAAUUUCUCAGAACAGGCAAAUCAAGCUAUUUUAGAACCAUACUUAGAUAGUCUUUUAUCCAAUUUAUUGACUUUACUACAAAGUAACAAGUUAUAUGUCCAAGAACAAGCUUUAACAACGAUUGCCUUCAUUGCUGAAGCUGCUAAAACUAAAUUCAUUAAAUACUAUGAUACCUUGAUGCCUCUUUUGAUUAACGUCUUAAAAACUGAAAAUCAAGGUAAUAACGGUGUUUUAAAGGGCAAAUGUAUUGAAUGUGCUACACUAAUUGCGGCAGCCGUUGGAAAAGAGAAAUUCAGUGAACAUUCGGAAGAAUUAAUAAAUCUUUUAUUAAAUCAACAAAACUCAGUGAUGUCAGAUGAUGAUCAAAUCAAAUCAUAUUUAGAACAUGGCUGGGGUAGAAUUUGUCGUAUCUUAGGUGAAGACUUCGUUCCAUUAUUACCAAUGGUUUUGCCUCCAUUAUUGGAAACUGCUAAAGCAACCCAAGAUGUUAGUUUAAUCGAAGAAGAAGAAGCUGUCAAUUUUCAAAAGUACGUUGAAUGGGAUGUGGUCCAAAUCCAAGGUAAACAUAUUGCUAUUCACACAGCUUUGUUAGAUGAGAAAGUAUCUGCAAUGGAGCUAAUUCAAUUAUAUGCUAGCGUUUUAAAAAAUUUGUUUGCCUCUUAUGUUAAAGAAAUUUUAAUUGAAAUAGCUAUUCCUUCCAUUGAUUUCUAUUUACAUGAUGGAGUACGUGCUACUGGUGCUGCUUUAAUCCCUGUUCUUCUAUCUUCGUUAGUUUCUGCUGCAGGUACCGAUAAUGAGGAAGUUAAACAACUUUGGGAUUUGUCAUCUGCAAAAUUAAUAAGUGGUAUUAACACUGAACCAAUGCUAGAAAUUGUCCAAAGCUAUCAUACUGCACUUGUAGAUGGCUUGGGUAUUAUGAGAAAUAUACCUUUAGCUGAUGAAUUGCUAAGUGGCUAUAUCAAGGGUAUAUCCAACAACUUGAGCGAUGUUUAUGAAAAUAUAAAAGACCGUCACAAUGAAGCUGAUGAGUACAAUGAGGAAGUUGAUGAUGAUGACAGUUAUACUAAUGAGGAUUUAUUAGAUGAAGUUAACAAAUCGUUUGCUGCCAUCAUGAGGACAUCACGUGAAAAAUUCUUACCACACGUUCAAAAUGUCUUACCCUUAAUAAAUACAUUUCUACAAGAAAACGAAGUAAUAUUGAUUCUAUUCUCAUUAGUUGCAAUUGGUGAUAUAAUACAAAAUUAUGGUGAGGUCACUUCCUCAUUAAAGGACACUUUUAUUACCAAAGUUGUUUCUUGCUUAGUUUCACAAGAACCACAAAUCCGUCAAGCUGCUAGUUAUGUGUUAGGUGUUUGCAGUCAGUAUGCUCCACAAUCAUACGCUGAUAUAUGUGUUCCCUCCCUAGACACAUUAAUCCAAGUGAUUAGUAUUCCUAAUGCAAAAAAUGAAGAUAAUCAAACUGCCACAGAAAAUAGUAGUGCUGCUAUAGCAAAGAUCUUAUACGCAUACAGCUCUAAUAUUCCUAAUAUAAAUUCCUUUGUAUCUAGUUGGUUAACUUCAUUACCAACCAUCAUGGACGAUGAAGCAGCAGCAUUUAAUUACAGAUACUUAGCCCACCUAAUAGAUACCAAUUCCCCAGUUGUAUGUGAUCCAACAAAAGUUCAAAAUAUAUUGGACUAUGUUCUCAAAGCUUUGUAUUACAAGUCAAUUACUGGUAAAAAUGCUGAGGAUGUAGUUAAUUCUGUCAAAAAACUAAUGGCUCCAUUACCCCAAAAUGAUGUUGUAGCCAUAUUCCAAAGAUAUCCACAAGAUUACAUGCCUAUUAUCCAGAAGUGGUUCUCUUAA